AUGUCGGCCGCGCUUAGCAGCCGCCAAAAGCAGCUCACUGCCAAGGCCGAUGCUGCAGCCUGGAACAGGCAGCUUGCUGGAGCGCUGCCCUGGGCCAGGGCUGUGCUUAUCUCGGAGGCUGAAGCUGGCGCACGGGCUUUCCUGGCCGCCGUCCCCCACUUGCUCCGGCGCAUGGACCCCGCCGUGUUCGUGGCGGAGUUGAGACACCGCCUCCUCGUGCCAGAGGCUGCAGAAGACAUGUGGUGCCCAGAGUGUGACGGAAUUAUGGACUGUCACUCGUUGCACGCUGGUGUCUGCAUUGCGGGUGGUGAACGCACCCAACGACACAAUGCAGUUCGCAACCUACUAUGCUCUUGGGCUGAUCGGGCCGGGCUACAGCCUGAACGUGAAAGACCUGGUCUCUUACUCCCACAGCGUCCCGGCGAGGUGGGACUGGAGCGCCGCCGCCCCGCUGAUGUCUAUCUCCCAUCGUUUCAGGGAUCUCCAACUGCGCUUGAUGUUGCUGUUACCGCAUGCCAGCGGAUGGAGACCCUGACCGAGGCUGGUAGACACGCCGGGGCGGCGGCAGCUGCUUAUGCCCGUACGAAGGAGUCCCACCUCGACACCGCUCAGAUAUGCGCUGCUCAAGGGGUAAAGUUCCAACCCAUGGUCCUCGAAAGCACAGGCACAUGGGAGCCGGGAGCUAGCCGGGUGCUGUGGAAUAUUGCCCGGGCAGCCGCGGCACGCGAAGGGUCUCAAGCGGCCCUCCUCCACAGCCAACUUCUGCAGGAGCUCUGCGUGGCUGCACGCAGCCAUCGGGGCAGGGCGGUGCUCCGCCGUCGUGCAGCUCUGGGCACUGAUUGUACGAACCAGGUGUUGCGUGCUGCAGAACCUUUGCUCUUUUGGCUUUACGGCCAUGUGCUGCACAGUACCGCCAUUCUGUUUUCUCAAAGAGCUGGGACGGGGCACUCUCUGGGUGAGCUUCUUCUCCUGAGGGCAACUGUCAUCUUGGCCCGCGACACGCUGAAGCUGCAGCAGCAGUGGGCCGAGUAUAGCCAACAGAAGGCCGAAAUGGGAGUGGAGGAUGCAGCACAGGCGACCAGUACCACUGUGGAAGCCGUCCAGGCGCUUGGACCGUCUUCCAACACCAGUGCCGCCCCCGAGAUGCAGCUCGAUGUGGAGCAGCAUCUCACUCAGCUUCUGCAGCGCGAGCUGGGCCACGCUUGA